AUGCCUUCCCCCGACGAACUCAAGAAUGAAGCCCGGCUGCUUCUCGUCUCCAACCGCCUGCCGAUCACCAUCAAGCGUUCCGAAGAUGGGAAAUAUGACUUCUCCAUGUCCUCGGGUGGACUGGUAAGCGGACUGAGCGGAUUGUCCAAGUCCACUACUUUCCAAUGGUACGGAUGGCCGGGCUUGGAAGUGCCCGAGGCAGAGAUCCCCCUCGUCAAGCAGCGCUUGAAGGAGGAAUACGGCGCAGUGCCGGUCUUUAUCGAUGACGAUCUGGCAGAUCGACACUACAACGGAUUUUCAAAUUCCAUCCUCUGGCCGUUGUUCCAUUACCACCCCGGCGAAAUCACCUUCGACGAGUCCGCAUGGGAAGCAUACAAAGAAGCAAAUCGAUUGUUUGCAAAGGCUAUUGCCAAGGAAGUUCAGGAUGGUGACUUGGUCUGGGUGCACGAUUACCAUCUCAUGCUGCUGCCCGAAAUGUUGCGCGAGGAGAUCGGUGACAGCAAACAGAAUGUCAAGAUUGGAUUCUUCUUGCAUACACCUUUCCCCAGCAGCGAGAUCUAUCGUAUUCUCCCGGUUCGAAACGAGCUUCUCCUGGGCGUUUUGCACUGCGAUCUGAUCGGAUUCCACACCUAUGACUACACUCGGCAUUUCCUGAGCAGUUGCUCGCGUUUACUUGGUCUGGCGACAACUCCCAAUGGAAUUGAGUUCCAGGGCAAGAUCAUCACCUGCGGCGCCUUUCCGAUUGGUAUCGACCCCGAGAAAUUCAAGGAGGGCUUGAAGAAAGAAAAAGUCCAGAAACGCAUUGCAAUGCUGGAACAAAAGUUUCAAGGCGUCAAGCUGAUGGUCGGCGUCGAUCGCCUCGACUAUAUCAAGGGCGUACCGCAAAAGCUGCACGCACUCGAGGUAUUCCUCAGCGACCACCCGGAGUGGGUGGGCAAGGUUGUCCUUGUGCAGGUCGCUGUCCCAAGUCGACAGGAUGUUGAAGAAUACCAGAACCUGCGGGCUGUGGUGAAUGAACUGGUAGGCCGUAUCAACGGCAAAUUUGGUAAGUCCUCUGCGACAUCCCACGAGCUACAAGCGGAUCUAACCAAGUGCUCCGAAGGUACCGUUGAAUUCAUGCCCAUCCACUUUCUUCACAAGUCCGUCAACUUCGAUGAGCUUAUUGCUCUCUACGCCGUCUCCGACGCCUGUAUCGUGUCAUCUACACGAGAUGGUAUGAACCUGGUGGCUUACGAGUACAUUGCCACACAGCAGAAGCGACACGGAGUCCUCGUGCUAUCUGAAUUUGCCGGCGCGGCCCAAAGUCUAAACGGAAGCAUUAUUGUGAAUCCUUGGAACACGGAAGAAUUGGCCGGUGCUUAUCAAGAAGCCGUGACCAUGAGCGACGAGCAGCGGGCUCUCAACUUCGCCAAGCUGGACAAAUACGUGUCCAAAUACACCAGUGCAUUCUGGGGCCAAUCUUUCGUUACUGAGCUGACUCGCAUAUCAGCCCACUCCGCGGAUAAGUUCCAAGCGACGAAGCUGGCCAUGGCUGAUAAUUCGACAGACGGCGAAAUCUCCGCCACGCCGUCUGAACGGGCCGCCUAA